GUUGUAAAUAAGUUGUCUCUUAACCUCAAAAUUGAAAAGUGAUUAUUAGAAUUACUGUUGAUGAUUAAUGAAUAAAUUAAGAAUUAUUUAUUUGAUUUAGUAACUUUUUUAUAAAUUCCAAUUACUAAAAAAUUUCCCUACAAUCGAGAAAUGUUUUUGUCAAAGAAUAUUCCUUGUGUGCGAAAUUUAAUUUUUACCAAAUCACAAAGAUUUUUGCAAACUGAGGCAGAAAGUGCCUCCAAAGCUUCUGUACCACAAACAGAAACGGGCACACCUGAUAAACUUUAUAAAAAAGUAGAAAUUGAAUUGAGAGGUAACGAUGUAGCUGUCUUAAAAAGUUAUGGUAUAUUUGCUUCAACAACAGCUAAACAUUUAGGACUUGAAAUUACAAGAAACUCGGCUCCAAGAAAACCCCAUCAUGAACGUUAUACAAUUUUAAAAUCAGCAUUUGUACACAAAGAUCAUCGUGUUCAGUAUGAAUUUAGGACAUAUUUUCGAUUUAUUGAUUUUGCAAGACUUACUGAAUCCACAGCAGAUACAUUAUUGGAAUAUUUACAGAGAAAUUUACCUGAAGGUGUUGCUAUGAAAGUUACAAAGCAUGAAAUUCAACCAAUACCUGAACAUAUUCGUAAUCCACCUCAAACAAACACAUGAGUAUUGUUACAUAAAUUAAUGUACUCAAAAAAAUAUUAGGUAAUAGAUUUUUAUUGAAAUAAUGUUAAA